AGGGGGAAAUCGUAGUCAAAGUUAAGGGCCCUGGGAAAUGGGAAAUAAGCCGCGCCGCCAACCACAAAGAGGUCGAGCCGACGAGGAGGAGGCCAGGCCGGAGCGUCCUAAACAGAAGGCGCCUUCGUCAUGGCCCUUCUGGCGAUUGGUCUACUGGCUGGGAGUCCUGAUCCUGGUCGCCGGAGUUGGUGUUGGCAUGUACUUCACCCUGAAGUCGGACUUUGGGGAGUGCUCCUCCUACGACGUGCGGUGCGAUUGAGCCCCCUGGCGAUACAAACUUUCGCAGGGGUGGGCGAUUCGAUUACCCCUUGAACUUGAGUUAAUUAAUACCAGUCAUGUCCAUUGUUCCAGAAGCAAAGUAAUGUUUUCCCGACGUAACGAAAGCCUUGAGCGUCACCGGAUAGAUCAACGCUGGAAGAUUCUUUACAUAAUACUCCUACUUGUUAUAAUCCUAGUACACAUUUGCCUGGUCGUUUUAUAUAUUAUCUAUAGGAUAAGUGAAGAAAAUCAAUACUGGAUUCAUUUAUAAAGUUACUGACAUCCGACCAAUAUUUGUGGUAUUACUUUUCUGCUUCAAUUGUGAUACUUUAAGCUUGGUUAUUCUUCCGCUAUCAGUUCAUGUGCACUCCCGAACGCGUCAUAUAUGGACUCUUUCAACCAGAUCUUAAUUAAAGCCAGAUAAAGCACCCACCUCCUUUAUUGUUAACAAAUACAAAAGCAAGGCCGAAGCCACACUAUCUCGUGGUACGCAUUCACAUACAUUUUGCUCAUGCUGAAGAGUGUAUCUCUGUGCUAUUCAAACUUAUUGGAGCGCUUCCUUUUGAUGGCGCUUUGGUUGACUCUUCAAUGGCGAAACACUUUUAGUUGAAUGAAGCUAGUGAAUGCACAUAUUUUGGCUAUAUGGAAAACCCUAUGUCGUUAUAUGUUUUGUGUUUGGUGUUAAUUAACAAAGUGGAGUAUAUUGAUUAAUGAUAAA